CAUUCAAUUUCUAUAGAACUUUUUUACAUGUUCUACUCAGGCUGUGUUAGAAGAUCUGGAGCAUCAAAAACAAGCUUUAGCUAAAGCUGAAGAUGUUGCUAAAAAUCCCAAGGCUUAUGGUGUUGAGGAUCUUACAGAUGCUGAAGAACUGCGGCACAAAUACAAGGAAAUAUGUGACAUGUCUAAAGAUAUACGGUUGAUGGCGGAGGCUCGAGACAAGAAUCUGACAACUGCUCUGAAACUGUCUGAGAGAUUCUAUGACAUGUCAGUGGAUGUGAUGUCGGGACUAAGAGAUCUUAAAGACUGUAUGUAUAACCAGGAACUGCCUGGCCUUGACCCUGAAGCUAUUAAGGAACAACAAGCAGAACUAGCUGGAUUUAAGAAGGAAUUGGAGAAAGCCAGAGAGCUUGUAGGAGAAUGUAGACAAAUAGGUCACGACCUCUCCAAUGUUUGUGGUCAGUCUGGUGCCAUUGAAAUCCAGAAACAGAUGGAGGAUCUUAGUCACAUGACUGAUGAAGUCAAUGAUAAGAUACGUGACCGAGGUGAUGAGUUAAGGGGGGCAUUCCAACAUGCUGAUCAUUUCAAGAAACUAGUUGAUAUUUUCCAACAACAUUCAAACAGUCAGUUGAUUCAGUCUAUCAAUAGCUGGCUUCCACAAGCAGAACACCAGUUGGCGUUGAUGAAACAACCAUCACCUGACCCAAAUACAUUACAGAGACAAAUUGAAGAACUCAAGAUGUCAAUUGAAUAAGAGAACAAACACUGAAAUGGGAUGUUAAGCUUAAGAGAUUCUUUAAGCAUCAUUGAAAUCAAAUUCCUUUAUUUACCUGGGAAAAGAAAUUACAGUUGGAGCCCAAAAAAGGUAGUACAUGCAUUCUUCCUGCAUCUGUUCAAAUCAGUAUCCUACAGUAGAGCACUUGACAACCAGUCCAUGCUUCCUGCAUCUGUUCAAAUCAGUAUCCUACAGUAGAGCACUUGACAACCAGUGCAUGCUUCCUGCAUCUGUUUAAAUCAGUAUCCUACAGUAGAGCACUUGACAACCAGUGCAUGCUUCCUGCAUCUGUUUAAAUCAGUAUCCUACAGUAGAGCACUUGACAACCAGUGCAUGCUUCCUGCAUCUGUUCAAAUCAGUAUCCUACAGUAGAGCACUUGACAACCAGUGCAUGCUUCCUGCAUCUGUUUAAAUCAGUAUCCUACAGUAGAGCACUUGACAACCAGUGCAUGCUUCCUGCAUCUGUUUAAAUCAGUAUCCUACAGUAGAGCACUUGACAACCAGUGCAUGCUUCCUGCAUCUGUUUAAAUCAGUAUCCUACAGUAGAGCACUUGACAACCAGUGCAUGCUUCCUGCAUCUGUUCAAAUCAGUAUCCUACAGUAGAGCACUUGACAACCAGUGCAUGCUUCCUGCAUCUGUUUAAAUCAGUAUCCUACAGUAGAGCACUUGACAACCAGUGCAUGCUUCCUGCAUCUGUUUAAAUCAGUAUCCUACAGUAGAGCACUUGACAACCAGUGCAUGCUUCCUGCAUCUGUUCAAAUCAGUAUCCUACAGUAGAGCACUUGACAACCAGUGCAUGCUUCCUGCAUCUGUUUAAAUCAGUAUCCUACAGUAGAGCACUUGACAACCAGUGCAUGCUUCCUGCAUCUGUUUAAAUCAGUAUCCUACAGUAGAGCACUUGACAACCAGUGCAUGCUUCCUGCAUCUGUUUAAAUCAGUAUCCUACAGUAGAGCACUUGACAACCAGUGCAUGCUUCCUGCAUCUGUUCAAAUCAGUAUCCUACAGUAGAGCACUUGACAACCAGUGCAUGCUUAUUGAAUCUGUUCAAAUCAAUAUCCUACAGUAGAGCACUUGAUAACCAGUGCAUGCUUCCUGCAUCUGUUUAAAUCAGUAUCCUACAGUAGAGCACUUGACAACCAGUGCAUGCUUCCUGCAUCUGUUCAAAUCAGUAUCCUACAGUAGAGCACUUGACAACCAGUGAAUGCUUCCUGCAUCUGUUUAAAUCAGUAUCCUACAGUAGAGCACUUGACAACCAGUGCAUGCUUAUUGAAUCUGUUCAAAUCAAUAUCCUACAGUAGAGCACUUGACAACCAGUGCAUGCUUCCUGCAUCUGUUUAAAUCAGUAUCCUACAGUAGAGCAUUUGACAACCAGUGCAUGCUUAUUGAAUCUGUUCAAAUCAAUAUCCUACUGUAGAGCACUUGACAACCAGUCCAUGCUUACUGAAUCUGUUCAAAUCAGUAUCCUACAGUAGAGCACUUGAUAACCAGUGCAUGCUUCCUGCAUCUGUUCAAAUCAGUAUCCUACAGUAGAGCACUUGACAACCAGUGCAUGCUUCCUGCAUCUGUUCAAAUCAGUAUCCUACAGUAGAGCACUUGACAACCAGUGCAUGCUUCCUGAAUCUGUUCAAUCAGAAUCCUACAGUAGAGCACUUGAUAACCAGUCCAUGCUUACUGAAUCUGUUCAAAUCAGUAUCCUACAGUAGAGCACUUGACAACCAGUGCAUUCUUCCUGAAUCUUUUCAAAUCAGUAUCCUACAGUAGAGCAUUUGACAACCAUUGCAUGCUUUAUUGAGUUUGUUCAAAUCAGUAUCCUGCAAUGAUGUGGAGUACUUGAGUCCAGUAAAUGCAUGGUCCAAAUCAGUAUUUUACAGUGAUGUGGGGCACAUGACAUUCAGUGCAUUCUUACUGAAUCUGAUCAAAUCAAUAUCCUUUAGUAGAGCACUUGACAUCCUGUGUAUGUUUACUGAAUCUGUUCAAAUGAAUAUCCUUCAGUCAUGCAGAGCAGAGCUCUUGACAUCCAAAAUAAGCGUGUUGUUCAGUAUUGAUGCACUGAUGUGGAGCACAAGACGUCCGGUAUAUGCAUAUUUGGUUCCAGUAAGUAUCCUACAGUGAUGCAGAAUACUUGACAUCCAGUGUAUGCAAGCUUGAUAAAUUUGUUUAAAUCUAUAUCCUACAGUGAUGCCCAGCACUUGACAUCCAGUGAAUGCAUGCUUGGUUCAAAUCAGUAUCCUAUAGUGAUAAUGGAGCAUUUGACAUCCAGUAUAUGUAUACAUGCUUGGCUCAAAUCAGUAUCCUACAGUGAUAGUGGAGCACUUGACAUCCAGUAUAUGCAUGCUUAUUAUAACUGUUGAAAUUAACGACAUUAAGUGAUUUGUAGCUUUUGACACUUUUCUUAACUUUGUAAAAGUCACCCUCUGAUGUCCUGCUUAGUUAUGUCACACUUGUUUGAUUUUUUUUUCUAUAAUUACUUAUCAGAGCUUCAUAUUUUAUGGAAAGAUUAAUAGUGUUUUAUUUUUUGUUGGUGUGUAAAUAUAAUAUUUGAUAGUGUUUAACAUAUCUCCUAUUUAGUUCUACAUCUUAGUGCCAGUGGGUAGAUUCUGUCUGCUGGUAACAUGCACAUGGUCUGUGUUUUCUUAAAAAGCUUGUUUCAUGAUCUCAAAAUUGUAUCAAGAGAAAAAAAAUGGAAUAAUUAAAUGUAUUUUCUUCUCGACAAAAAUUAGUAACUGAGUCUACUAAUAAGCUCAUUUUUAUUUUGGAAUGGAUUUUAAUAUUUGAGUCAAAAUAAAUAAGCAAAGGUUUAAAUAUAAUAAAGUGAUGGUAUGGGGAUUUAUUUACUGUCCAUGUUGCAUUGAAAUGUUGGUCUGAAAUUAAGUGAUGGUUUGAAGAUACCAAUUAAUGUAGCAAUGAAUUAACAAAUCAUAAGGUAUUAUCUCUGUGGCAUUUUACGUCUUGAGAGACGAUCUUUUCCCUUUGCAACUUCUUGUGUGACUAAAUCCUUGAUACACAGCUGCGAUUGCAGGUUGGGCAUAUAUAAUCACCAGUCGCCGUUGCAUUUUCACCCUUCUUUCUGCUUCUGUUGUGUAUGACAUCUGCAAUCCGUGACCCUUCCUUUAUGCUCUCUCUCCAUGUGGAUCUAUCCAGUGCCACCUCUUCCCAGUUGCCAGUGUCGAUUUUGAAGAGCUUCAUGUUGCGUUUGCAUAUAUCAGUAUAACGUAAAAGUGGGCAACCAGCGGCCUUCUAUUAGAUCGCCAUACAGGAUGUCCUGUGGAAGUCCACCUACUGGCAUUCUACGAAUGUGGCCAAGCCAGCCAAGGCGUCUGCUGCUGAUAACAGAGCGGAUGUCCUGGCACCCUGCUCUUUGUAGCACUUCCUCAUUGGUAAUCUUAUCUUGCCACCUUAUUUUAAAGAUCCGCCUUAGGCAUCGGAGGUGGAAGACAUUCAGCUUUUUUUCCUGCCAUGAGUAGGUUGACCAUGUUUCACUUCCGUACAGCAAGGUGCUCAACACACAGAUGUCAUUAAAGGCUUCUUUUGAUGGGUUGUAUCUGUGAACAAUAUGGGCGCGGCGGCUGAAUGGUUAAGCGGCUUGGCUUCCAAAUCUGGGGUCCUGGGUUCGAAUCCCGGUAAUGACUGGGAUUUGAGUUCGGGACUAUUAGGGCACCCCUGAGUACACCCUCUAAUGAAUACCUGACUUCAGUUGGGGACAGUAAAGGAGCUUGGUCUUUGUGCUGGCCACAUGACACCCUGCUCGUUAACCGUUGGCCAAAGAAACUGAUGACUUAUAACAUCAUCUUCCCUAUAGAGCGUAUGAUCUAAAAGGGGAACUUUACUUUAUCUCUGAACAAUAUUCAUAGAAAAAUAUCAUCUGAGUCACAGAUAAGACUAGAAGAAUGUUGACGUCCUCCAACUCUUUGCUGUUAGUACUUGAAAUGAAAUGGGCUUCAAAUACUAAAACAUUUCGACCACUUUUUUAUGCCCAUGAAAUUCGUCAUGUUACUGAGAAACAAUGACAUCAAUAGUACCGUAAAAUGCGUUGAAUUUGAAAGUCUUCUUUUUUUGAGUAUUCUCUUCUUGGUCAUUAGUAGUAGGCUCAUCAAACAGCUUCUUAACUUUCCGCAAUCGUGUAGAGCAGCGGUUCUCAACCUUUUAAGCUCGGCGACCCCUUUUUACAAUCCCACUCUGCCGCGACCCCCCCCCCCCCCGACACACACAUACAGCAAUAGAAGAGUAGGCAAUAACAAUCCAUAGUUUCAAUGGUGUUAAGCGAUCCCUGGCAAAUGGUCAAUCGACCCCCAAGGGGGUCGAGACCCACAGGUU